GGGGGGGAGGUAAACAAGAUGGCGACAACCUGAGUGGCAAGAGUAACACGAAGAGUCAGAGAAUUCAACUGAUAUCCUGCUGAAGCCGAGGGGAUUUUCAUCUUCACCGAGGACGGGUGCACGAAGAGGAAAUAGAACCUUGCCAACGGAGACGAGAUUCAUGCGGAUUUAAGGAAUCAGACAGCAGGGACUGUGGUGGCAUGGAGGACACCUGAGGACGGUUGGACACAUUGGAUGGCUCAGGCGACCUCCGGGAGCCAGGCUGACACUGCUGCAUGCUCUUGGCUGAUCUCUGUGCUUUGAUUCGGUCCAGCUGUUCACAUAUGAGCCCUGAGGAAAGCGAUGCUGUGAAGCAUGGACCUUUGACAUAAAAUGCUGUGCUGUAUGGGCUUGAACCAGGACUGGUUGCCUCUACCUGAGGCUUUAUGGUAUUAAAUUAAUAUAGAGGUGAUUUAGAGUUACGCGGAGAGGACUAACAAUUGUAGAAUCCAAAUUUUCUAAUUUCUUUUCAACUGCACUUGUCACUGAUGUAGUAAGAAAAAAAUGCACAGUUUAAAGCACUAACUUGGCACUGGACCCAACAAGUUUUCACAUCUGUUUGCACCUCUUGAGUAAAAAAAGAGCCCUAAUGUUUACAAAGUGGGAUUGAUCCCUCACCUCAUCCCUCAGCUCUCAGGCCUGAUUACUCCCUCUCCCAUGUUCAGUAUUUUGUAAUUCACCUGUAUUCCAUCUUGUGGAAUUAAAAUACUCGGCUCAGAGCUGCGAGGCUCUGGGUGGAUUUACUCUCCAGCAGCAAUUAUAGCUAUUUGCAAAUAUAUUUGCACAAGAGGCUUAAGCUGCAGCGGCUGAACUGUCAGCCAUGAGUACCGGCGAGUUGCAUCAUCUUGACUAUCUAAAUGAAAAUGAACUGAUGGAGAUGGAUACCUUCAUUCACCGCAUUGACUCCACAGAGGUGAUCUACCAGCCCCGGAGGAAGAGGGCAAAGCUGAUAGGAAAGUACUUGAUGGGAGACCUGCUCGGGGAGGGAUCUUAUGGCAAAGUGAAAGAGAUGCUGGACUCAGAGACACUUUGUCGCAGGGCUGUAAAAAUACUGAAGAAGAAGAAGCUGAGGAGGAUUCCUAAUGGAGAAGCCAAUGUGAAAAAGGAGAUUCAGCUGCUAAGAAGACUCCAACACAAGAAUGUGAUUCAGUUGGUGGAUGUGCUCUACAAUGAAGAGAAGCAGAAAAUGUAUAUGGUGAUGGAGUAUUGCGUUUGUGGGAUGCAAGAAAUGCUGGACAGCGUCCCAGAAAAAAGGUUUCCAGUAUUUCAAGCUCACGGGUACUUUUGCCAACUCUUAGAUGGCCUUGAAUAUUUGCACAGCCAGGGAAUAGUUCACAAAGACAUUAAACCAGGGAAUCUGCUGCUGACCACAGACGGGGCACUUAAAAUCUCCGACCUGGGAGUAGCAGAGGCCCUUCACCCAUUUGCAGAGGAUGACACAUGUCGCACCAGUCAGGGCUCUCCGGCCUUCCAGCCUCCAGAGAUCGCCAACGGACUGGACACCUUUUCAGGGUUUAAAGUGGACAUUUGGUCUGCUGGAGUAACACUAUACAACAUUACAACGAGUCUGUAUCCGUUUGAGGGGGACAACAUCUAUAAGCUAUUUGAGAACAUUGGAAAAGGAGACUACACUAUUCCUGAGGAGUGUGGACCCCUGCUGUCAGACCUGCUGCGAGGAAUGCUUGAGUAUGACCCUGCAAAGAGGUUCUCCAUACAGAACAUAAGACAACACAACUGGGUGCGUAAGAAACAUCCUCCGUCUGAGCCUCCCGUGCCCAUCCCUGCCAGCGCCGAGAGCAGGGAUCCCUGGCGGAGUAUGACGGUGGUGCCCUACCUGGAGGAUCUGCACGGCUACACCGAGGAGGACGACGACGAGCUCUACGAUGGAGAGGACGAGAUCAUAUACACUCAGGACUUCACAGUGCCAGGACAAGUGGCCGAGGAAGAUCACGAUCAGGGGCACGCAGACCACAGUCCAGCUCUAGCCAAGCCAGUUUGUGUGAACGGGACAGAGGGCGGGACGCUGAACAGCAAGGCCAAAGCGGAGCGCCGAUCCUCCUCUUCGUCCAACCCCUCGCGUAAAGGAGUCUCUACAGCCAGCAAGAUCCGCAAGCUCUCCACCUGCAAACAGCAAUGACCCCCUCCCCUUCCUCCACCUGGUUGAUCUGCCCCCCCGUCCUUUUUAUGUCCGGAGUCCUCACAGUUGUGGGAGAAACCUGCUGACGUUAAUGCCCCCAUACCUCCCUUGGACCACUGGCCUGCAGAGUCUUUUGAAGAUGCGGUAUGAGUGACGGGGAGGAGGAGGACAGCAUGAAAUGUUCUUUUUGCUCUGAGACUGAGGCACUGGCUGUGAAGAUGGUGUUUUUCUUCUUCUUCUGUUUUUUUUUUCUUUCUUUCUUUCUUUUCUUUCAACUCCUGUCAUCCAGCUUUGUCAUCGAGUCAUCGCCCCACUUCAUCCCGUCAUCCUCUCAGCAGGGCCAAGUGUUGCACCGGACAUUAUGAACACCAUCACCCGUGUACCCCCACCCACCCACCCACCCAACCAACCAACCCAUCCACCCUCUGUUUCUUUUGACUACCUUUUGUUUUUACAGAACCCUAAUGGCAGUUUUUAAGACACAUUGUGAUGUGUAAAAAAAAUUAAAGAGGAAAAAAAAAAAUGACAAAAGUUAUGAAUAAUUCUAUAUUUAGAUCUAUGAUGAGAAUAAUUAUGAUAGUACUCUACUACCACCCACAUAAGAAACUGCAUGCUGUACAGAGCUGAACGAAAGGGAACGUGCUUGGUUUGUGGACAGACUGAUCGACUGAAGCCUUGAGAUCCACCGCUGACCUGUUGGGGAUUUAUGAUUUCCAUUUAGGUUUAUUUUCUUUUUCUUUUUUCCAAUGAAUAUUUUUUAAUUAUUAUUUAUAUAAAAUAUGUCCCAAACAGG